AUGAUUCCGCGCCCAACAUGGAAUGGAACCGUACCACCAGUAUCACUGUUUGAAAACAUCAAACACCUCGAUAUUGAUUUGUGUCUGUGGGACGUGGAUCCGUAUGGCCAUAUACCAACUCCCCGAUAUCGACUCUCGAACCUUGGAGAGGCUAGAAACCUCGAGUCGCUGACAUGGAAGACCCAUCUCCAUGCUAUAAAUGAGGCAGGGGACCUAGGCAGGCCCCUGACAGAGCUCCAGGCGGUUGAGCGGCCUCGUCCGUUUACACUUCGCCCUGAGCUUUUUCCUAAACUUCGCUACCUUGAGCUCCAUUUCUUGUGCGUCUCCAACCAUCGGCUCGCAAAGUGUUUAACUACUCUGCAAUCUUCCCUCCAGUCCCUCAUCCUGAGACGGUGUGUUUUAAACCUUCUCUUGCGGAGGUAUUCGUGCAACUCCGGAGGGAAAAGGUCGUGCCGCCUGCGGCUAUAUUUGAGCAUAGCCGAGAUCAAGCAGUCGUCAACCAGAUCCGGAGAAGCCAAUCUUUUUGACUGA